UUUCCCCUGAUUAUCGUAUUUGUCUUGCUCUUUUCUUUCUGGUCACAUUGUCCUUUAGUUGCUAGCAAAAACAUUAACAAAGACAAACCAGAGAGGACUCUCUAGUCUGUCUCAAGGAAGAGAGAUGACUCUGGAAAAGAAGCCCAAGGCAGUAAUAGUAGGAGGGAGCAUAGCAGGGGUAUCAUGCGCACACACGCUCAUAUUAGCAGGGUGGGAUGUUGUGGUGCUUGAGAAAUCAUGUCAAGUCCCAACUGGAAGCCCAACUGGUGCAGGACUAGGACUUGACCCUCUCUCCCUGCAACUCAUUCAGUCUUGGAUCAAAGACCCUGAGCUUCUCAACAGGACCACCUUGCCCCUCACAAUUGAUCAGAAUGAUGCUGUGGAUGGUGAGAAGAAGGUUAAGUGGACAGUAACCAGAGAUGAGAAGUUUAACUGCAGAGCAGCACAUUGGGCUGACCUACAUGCUCUUUUAUAUCAUGCUUUGCCACCUAACUUGUUUCUUUGGGGUCACCAUUUCCAAUCUUUCUCCAUUUCUAGUGACAAGAGAUCAGUUCAAGUGAAGGCUUUAUCCCUUCAAAGUAACGAGAUCAUUGAAAUCGUUGGGGAUUUGCUUGUUGCGGCAGAUGGGUGUCUCUCUAAAAUCCGCCAAAGCUUUGUGCCUGAUCAUAAGCUGAGGUAUUCAGGUUAUUGUGCAUGGAGAGGGGUUCUUGAUUUUUCAGGAAAUGAGAAUUCCGAAACCAUAAUGGGGAUCCGAACGGCAUACCCUGAACUCGGGAAAUGCUUGUACUUCGGCUUAGGUUCUGGGACUCACACUGUGCUAUACGAGCUUCUAAACAAUAGGCUGAAUUGGAUUUGGUAUGUCCAUCAACCAGAGCCUGAUCUGAAGGGUAAUUCAAUGACCACGAAGGCAAGCAGCGACGUGAUCCAGGCAAUGCACAAAGAAGCAGAGAAGAUGUGGCUUCCUGAGUUCGUGGGAGUCAUCAAAGAAACGAGCCACCCUUUCAUCAAUGCCAUAUAUGACAGUGAACCCUUGGAUCAAAUCUAUUGGGACAAUGUGGUAUUGGUUGGAGAUGCAGCUCACCCCACAACUCCUCAUGCAGUAAGAAGCACAAACAUGUCGGUCUUGGAUGCUGCGGUGUUAGGCCAGUGCCUGAAGAAGUGGGGUGCAGAAAACUUGCAAUCAGCUCUUGAAGAAUAUCAGUCCAUUCGGUUACCAGUCGUAACGAAGCAAGUCCUUCAUGCAAGGAGAAUGGGGAGGAUUAAACAAGGUCUAGUUCUUCCUGACCGACAGUCUUUUGACCCCAAGAAGGCUGAUCGAGAGGAGUGCCAAGAGCUUCAACAGAAACUCAUGCCUUUUUUCUCUGACGUUCCUUCCAUUUUAGUGUGAUUUGAAUAUUAUGACCCGGGGAAUCGUCAAGACAGAUUUCAUUCCACUUCUGAUGCCAAUUAAGGGCUUCAACCGAAGAAUGGCAUCUGCUCCUGAUUUUCUCCGAUGUUCUCACCUUUUAUAUUCAAAAUGAUUUGAUGCAGCCAAUAAGGCAUGAUCUCUAUAUGAGCAGUGUAUCACUUUCGCCA